AUGAGGAAAGAAAAGAAGGAGGAAAAGACGAAUACUCCGAAACUUUCCUACGCGAAAGGGUUAUCGCACGCGGUGUUGAAAUACUUAGAAAAGGAAGAGACGAAGGCGUUCAUGGAGAAAAUCGAGAAGAACGAGGAAGAGGAGGAGGAAGAGGAGGAGGAGGAUGAGAAGAGUAUCGUCGUCGCGCCCCGCGUGGAGGAUGUUCCGAAAGACUUUGAACGGAAAGAGAAGGAGAAGAAGACGAAGGAGGAAGAGAAGGAGGAGGUUUUGGGAGUUGGAACGCCGUCUUUGAAUUCCGAUGGGAGCGGAGAGAAGAAGAAAAAGACGAUGAAAAGGAAGGAGAAGAAGACAGAGACGCCAAAAAUGUCGUCGUCGCCCUCGAAGGAGACGGCGGAGGAGGCCGGGAACUCGAGCAGAUUCCGUUCAGCGUUUGAUUUGAUUCAAUUACAAAUAAUCGAUCCCGCGGAGGAGCUUUUACGAACGGGAGGAAAGAAGGAAAAUGACGACGGUGAUGUGCGCGAUUCGCCUCGAGAAUCUUCUCAAAGGCGAGACGUUUUGUCCGCGGAUGGAAGCGCUCGCGGGACGCCCGUAACAAAAAGUUUUGUUGAAGCAGGCACGACGCCAAUGAAACAGCAAAGAGAGCGACAAGAACAACAAACGCUCGUGCGAAUGGAUAAAGGAAUAAACACUGAGCCGGGACCGCAGCGAGGCGGUAAAAAAAUAAUGUUGAAAGCGAUGCCGAGAGAAAUCAGGAGGAGCCAGUCGUUUACGAAAAGAAAGCAACAAGUAAGACCGGAAGUCGAAAUCGUCGAAAAACACGAAGCACUGCUCCAAGUGAUCGAAGCGACAGAAACGGGACAAAAAACAACGACGACAGGUACUGAAAUCAGACCACCAAUAAGGUCCGAUUCGUUCAAGAAGAGGCGACGAGAGAGCAUCAAAAAUCAGCUGCUACAGUCCGCUAAAGCGUCGAUGGCUGAAAAUAUGCGCUCGAUGAGCCAACCAGAUUUGGUACAGUAUCAACGACGAGAAUGCGAAGAAAAGCAGCCUCAAAUGCGUACAUCGUUGAGUUUUGAAGACUUUCUCGAAAAUGCAUUAAUCGGUACCACCGACGUCACCGGCGGGAGUGGAAACGACAACAACAACGCAAACAACCCGCAUUCUCCGCGAAGCGAAUCUUUCAAAAAUAUUGCGAGCUUUUGGAAGCAGUGCGAAGGAGAAGAAGGAAGAAACGAGGGAGACAGCGGCGAGAAGAUGGAUAUUACCACGAAUGCUCAGUCGCCGCACCAACCGCACGGGCGACAAAAAUUCUGCGACUGCAAAGAGUGCGUCGCCGCUUUGAUGGAACACGCGGCAAAAGUCGGGCGCUACGUCGUCGCGCAAGAAGAUGAAGAGAAACGGCAAAGAGCGAAAGAGCAGCGGCAGAAAAAAACAGCGAACCGGCAACAAACAACAGCAGAGGCAGUAGUAGCGACAAAUAUCACGAGCGCGAUGACGACGAGCGCGACGACGACAUCGACGCCGCCCUUACAUCCAAACUUCCAGAUGCCGCCUCCUUUACUCUUAGCCUCCGCGGGCAUAACCGGUGGAACCUUCGAUAUCGCCGCAAACCCUCUCCUGACGACGAAGACAACAAAAACAUCCUCCCUUUCUCCCACAUUGUACAUCCACAAUACCAACAAGUGCGCCCUUUCGCCCGGCGCGCUCCUCGUCGACUCGUUCGUCAUGUCCCCUCUCUUGGACCAACUGGAUGAUUUAAAACAAUAA